AUCUUAAUGCUGCCGGACCACCAACACAUGAGGUCGAAAAAUGGAAAAAAACUACAAACAACACAUUAAGGUGAAGUCCCGCAGAAACAAAAGUAGCCUUUCUGGAACAGGUGGAGGGAUAAGUAAUUCCUGCUCCCUAACACAAUUAGAGCAGCAAGUCGCUGAUUUGCUUGCUAUUAACGAAAGUGUCGAUGGUAUGAGUGUAACUUAUCGAUAUGGAGCUAAGAAAAAAAGGACAUCAAGCGCAAGUGCUACGGAAGUUCCUACUCAAGUAGAUGAUAUUGAUAUGGAUACCACAGCAAAUGACCUAGCUGAAACUUUAGCUGACAUAUCAAACGGUCAGAAUACAGUCACUCCACGUUCUCGGCGUAAUAGAAAUGUUUCCAACAAGGACAAUCUCUUAACAAAACAAGUAGAAAACCAAAUAAAAUAUCAAGAAAAUUCAUUGGAGCUAUUAACAAAAAUUGACGAAAACCAAAAAGGUUCCAACAAUGAAUUAAAGGAAAUAAAUAAAAAUCUUUUAACUUUAAAUAAAAAUUAAAACGUAGCUGUGAGUACAGGAAGCGUAAAUACAGAUUAGAGAAAGAAAAAUUUGAAUUUAUGAAGAAAAAUGAAAUAGAAAAAAGAAAAAGGAAAAUUGCACAACUUGAACUUAAACAAAAAAAUUUCGAACUGGAAGCAAGAAAAACAUUGUGAAAAAUUUUAUCUUAAGACCAUAUUGGUAUUCGUAAUCAAUUUUUAAAUUUUGAAAACAACUGAAGUA